AUGGUCGCCAACGUCCACGUCUCCACGCACCCUUGCGUGAAAGCCAAGUUGAGCCUCCUCCGCUCUGCAAGCACCAAUGCCAAAGAGACAAAAGCUCUCAUCCACGAAAUUGCCACGAUUGUCAGCUGCGAGGCUCUCGCCAAAGGCCUCUCCGUCGAGCAGAAUGGCACAGACAAAAGCCCUCUCGGAUACGAGUAUCCCACUGAAGCCAUCAACCCCUCGAAUCUCAGCCUUGUGCCCAUUCUACGCUCUGGACUGAGCAUGGUAGAUGCCGUUCAGGCGGUCUUGCCCACUCCGGUCUCCAUCCAUCAUCUUGGCAUGUACCGGGAGAAGAGCACGCUGCAGCCUGUGGAGUACUAUAACAACUUACCAUAUCACAAAGCUGGCGCUACGUCAAGCAUCUCAGAGUUGGCAAUCAUCGUAGACCCGAUCAUCGCUACCGGGUCUACUGUCUGUGCGGCAAUCGACACCUUGCGGGAUUGGGGAGUCAAAAGGAUCAUCUCCAUUUCCAUCUUAGCCAGCAAAGACGGUCUGCAGAAAGCGGCCGAGGCAUGGCCAGAGGGUGUCGAGCUGUGGGUGGGAGGCGUGGAUGCCGCAACGGAUGAGCGGGGCAUGAUCAAGCCAGGUUUGGGAGAUGUGGGAGACAGAUUGUAUUUGACUGUUGGGAAGUAG